UCCGACCCUUUGACCGGGAUUCCAAGAGAGUCCCCGGUACUUUGACUAUCACCAAAGGACAUCCCGUGUCCUCAGCCAAAGCAACUUGCUCUCGUAUCAAAAGGGUUCCUCUAACUUUCCACGCCAAUAUAUUAUAAAAUGGACUUCUCAAUCCUUUCUCUGCAGUCCUCGGGCCUAGCCGAUACAUCUCACUCAUCUUCAUCUUCGUCUCCUAUCAAACAACCAUCCAACACUUUAGGCGACUUCACGAAGUUGUUCAAGAAUCUCCGAGUCAACCAAACUUCCUCUUCAACUACACCUACUCUCCCUCUAUCAGACAGAGUUUAUUCUUCUUCAUUACACUGUUUUGAGCCUCUCUGCGACAGCAAGAGCACGUCAAGCAAACAGUCUCAGCCCCUUCUUCUCCUCCCCCCGUUUUUAUUCACCACUGAAGAAAUGGCCAGAACGGGCACCAAGCGCAACUACCAGUCCUUGGACUUGACCGAGAUCAAAAGAUCAAAGGUCGAGUCCAAGGACGUGGGCAAGAAGGCCGCUGCAGCCGCCGGCGGAAAGGUAGCUCGAGCCUCUUCAGACUCGGGCUACCAUUCCGACUCCUCCAACGCCGCCGCAGCAGCAGCAGCAGCAGUCGCCGCCGCCCCCAGCCCAGACAACGCGGGAGAAAGGCUCUUCAACAAGCAGACGGCAAAGAGACCCCUUCCCACCUCCCAAGUGCCCCUUCCCGUCCGCCUCCAGCAGCGCUUCGGCGCUCGCGACGAGGUCCAGACAGAGACGUACCCGGAGCAAUCCGCCCGCGGUCUCUACGUCUACGCCGACGGCUCCAACAUCAGCGUCUCCUUCUUCAACCACCUCAAGAAGCGCAUGGGCAUGUCCAGGGACCAGCGCCUCUCCACCUCCGCCUUCUCCUUCUACGCAUUCAGGGGAAUACUCGAACGCGGCAGAGAGGUCAAGGAGGGCGUCGUCGUCGGCUCCCGCAGCAAGGCCAGCAGCAACAGCAACAACAGGCCCCUCUCCUCGUCUAUCCCCCUCUACCUGCAGGAGGCCGAAGCGUGUGAUUACACCGCAAAGGUCCUCCAGCGGGUUCCCGCAGACUCUCCCCACGCGGGCUCCUUCGCGAUGAAGGAGCAGGGGGUAGACGAGACGGUCCAGCACCACAUGCGCAAGACCGUCCUCGACAACCUCGGCGCGCCCGGCACCAUGAUCCUCGCCACGGGCGACGGCAACCUCGACGGCGACAUGGAAGGGGGCUUCCCCGCCGCGGUGCAAUCCGCCCUCGCAAACGGCUGGGUCGUCGAGGUCUACCACUUCGCCGAGUCCGCCCACUCCACCUGGCGCGACCCGCGGUUCCUCCACAACCCGGCAUGGGACGGCCGCCUUACCUGCCACGCUCUGGAUGACUUUGUCUUCGAUAUGGACGCGAAGCAACAGCAGCAGCAGCAGCAGCAGCAGCAGCAGCAGCCGCUCACACCGCUCGGCGCAGAGGCGCCUCGCUCUGCAAAGAGGACACGCCGCGAGAGUAGGCCCUACGUCCCCUCUUGGACCCUGCCAGCCUCCUCCUCCGUCGUCUCUCUCCCCCCGGCAGCAGCAGUCACCCCUCCGCCAAGUCCCCCACCAGAGACCUCGGCACCAGUGACCCCAGAGGAGCAAGCAGACGCAGAGCAGAUCGGCACCCUGGUAGGAAAGCUCAACCCGGCGCUGUUACCCGUCAUCGCCCAAGCUAUCCUCCGGAGCGCCUCGGUCAGUCCUCCUCCCGUCAUCCCUGCGCCUGCUCCUAUUCGCCCCGUAUUACACGGAGACGCCAAUAGCUUCGCCGGCAGCGCAAUGGGUCAGUUCGGCGCCCAGAUCCCCACGCCACCUGCUCUCUCUGCCGCCGCCGCCGCCGCCGCCGCCGCACCCGCCUACCGCCCUCAAUUCCCUCAGGCCUCCUCCUACACUGCAGCCUUGGGCCAGUACCAAUACAACGGGGUCUGGGGGAACCAGGUGGGCAACUACGAGUACACCCGCUGAGUCAUUCGUGACCAGCCUUUUUAAACCCUCUUCUCUUCCCCCCUCUUCAACCCCCC